UUGGGCACGAAUGCCACUCGUUGCGCGCGUCCUUAUAAUUUGGGGAGGUGAAUGCAGCGCACGGCCCGUUCGCCUUUCCAGGUGGAAAUCCAGGAGGAGCCGAGACCAAACUUAACUGGGAGGACUGGUGAUUGUGAACCCGCGUCAGGACAGGUCAUGGAUGAACGACAGCCGCUGCACCGAGGAGGUUUAACGUCAAGCAGCUUGAAAUAUUACUGACCACAUGUCCAUCAGGAGGAGUUUACCUAUACCAGGAAUAUCCAUCCAUCUGCACAUUUUUUUUGGGAUUCAACAUUACACAAACGAGAAGGCUAUAAAUUCACUCGACAAAACGCAAUGAAAACGAGGCAAAGCGCAGAGGAAUCGAGCGUCCGAGUGCUGAUGUGAACGAGCAGCACCGUCUGAAGUGAAGAGGGACAACACACACGCGCACGCACAUACACACACAGAGUGAGGGAGUGAGAGAGAAGGAAAGGAGGCGAAAUGAAGGAGAAAUCGAAGACGGCCGCAAGGACUAGACGGGAAAAGGAGAACAGUGAAUUUUACGAACUGGCCAAAAUGUUGCCUCUGCCGUCGGCCAUCACCUCCCAACUGGACAAGGCUUCCAUCAUCAGACUGACGACGAGCUACCUGAAGAUGAGAAUAGUUUUCCCUCAGGGUCUGGGUGAAGCGUGGGGUCACACGAGUCGGGCGAGAUCUUUUGAGAACAUUGGACGAGAGCUGGGAUCUCAUUUACUGCAGACGCUGGACGGAUUCAUCUUCGUCGUGGCUCCGGAUGGGAAGAUCAUGUACAUUUCGGAGACGGCGUCGGUCCAUUUAGGACUGUCUCAGGUAGAGUUGACUGGGAACAGUAUUUACGAGUACGUCCAUCCCGCCGACCAUGACGAGAUGACGGCUGUGCUCACGCCACAUCAGCCCUAUCACUCACAUUUCGUCCAAGAAUAUGAAGUGGAGCGCUCUUUCUUUCUGCGGAUGAAAUGUGUGCUGGCGAAAAGAAACGCAGGCCUCACCAGUGGUGGAUACAAGGUGAUCCACUGCAGUGGCUACCUGAAGAUCCGUCAGUACAGUUUAGACAUGUCUCCCUUUGAGGGCUGCUUCCAGAACGUGGGUCUGGUCGCUGUGGGACACUCUCUGCCCCCCAGCGCAGUGACCGAGAUCAAACUGCACAGCAACAUGUUCAUGUUCAGAGCCAGUCUGGACAUGAAGCUCAUCUUCUUGGACUCCAGGGUCGCAGAGCUGACAGGUUACGAGCCCCAGGACCUGAUAGAGAAAACUCUGUACCAUCACGUCCACAGCUGUGACAUCUUCCACCUGCGCUGUGCUCACCACCUCUUGCUAGUAAAGGGCCAAGUCACCACUAAGUAUUAUCGUUUCCUGGCCAAGCACGGCGGCUGGGUCUGGGUUCAGAGCUACGCCACCAUCGUCCACAACAGCCGCUCCUCGAGACCUCACUGCAUCGUCAGCGUCAACUACGUCCUCACGGACACAGAGUAUAAGGGAAUGCAGCUGUCCUUGGACCAAAUGAGCCCCACCAAGCCUGCCUUCCCAUACGCGAACAAUCACACCGAGGACAGAAAGAGCACCAAGUCACGUUUGACCCAGUCAAAGGGCAAAGCCAGAGUGUCACCCUACCCACAGCAGUUUUCUGCUUUCAAUCCAGAGCGUUCGGAGUCAGACCAAGACAGCCAAUGGGGAGGAAGCCCAGUGACAGACUCUGCAUCUCCUCAGCUGUUGGAUCCCAGUGAGGCUACAGAGGCAUCUUGUGCCUACAGAUUGUAUCCAGACUCAGGCCCCCUGUGCUACAGCCUCGGUUUAUCCGAGGAGGAUCUCGCCCAUGCCCAAGCACAUCCCCACACCACCACCUGUGACCGCGUUCGGUGCCAGAGCAGCCGCUAUUUCCUUGGAACCCCUCAGUCGGGAAGAGAGGUGUGGUGGGACGCCACACGCUCCGUUCUCUCUCUGCCGAAACCCUCAGUGGACAACAGCGAAGGCUAUGAAAUCACAUCCUACCAUGGAGCCAUUCAUGGUCGGAGUCACUGGGAUGAAGACAGCGUAGUGAGUUCACCUGACGGAGGUGGCUCAGCCAGCGAUUCUGGCGAGCGUUACCAUGGUGACCAUUUCCGGGCAAGCCCCCGAGAGCCGAGCAAGAUGGAGACCCUGAUUCGUGCCACGCAGCAGAUGAUCAAAGAGGAGGAGAGCCGCCUCCAUCAGCAUAAGACACCGCUGGACGUUUCGGGGCUCGCUAAAGCCCACAGCCCGUGCUUCAGCCCCUCACUACCCCACCAUUCCCAGCUCAACAUGCCCAGCGUGGUGUGUCGAGGCCCGGGAGCCCCCAGUAUUGACCUCCCUUCUGAGCGCUUGCAUCACAAGGACGGCAUCAAAGUCACCGGCCCUCAUGACAAUGACGAAAACACGACCAGUCCUGCUUCUCUAUCUCGUCUCAGCAGCCCCAGCUCUGACGGGAUCCCCAGGUCGGGCCUCUCCCUCACCAAAGAUUACAUGCAGACUGAUCUCUCUCCGCACCCUUCACAGCCACAGGGGAGCCCGCUGCUCUAUCCAACCCAGGAGAGGCUGCCACUAGACAGACAGGCCGCCUAUGCUUUGACUGGCUACUCCCUGGAGCACCUGUACGACCCAGAGAGCCUGCGGAGUUACUCGGGACUGGCCUGCGGAGGCGUCCAGUACGACAUGGCGUCACACGUGAGGAUGCAGACCGAGCAGAUGCAGGGACACAAAGCCACCUCAGUGAUCAUAACCAACGGGAGCUGACAAUAUCUGACGAAGACAGAGCCCGCUCUCUAGAUGAGGAUGUAACACGUUAACGGUGCCGCAAGCACAUUGAACACUGGCCAGGUGCUCGAUGGAAAGUUAUGUGCCCCGUCUCUGGCUCUUGCAGUGCAAAUUUGCAAGUUUUUGUCGGGCCUGUGUAUCAUAACGUUGUGUUUCUCUGUCAUCAGAGGACUAUUUUUCCCCUCCAAGACUCUAAAGGACUAGUGUUCAAGAAAGUAACAUUUGGUAUGCCACCACAGAGCAUCAGAGGUUUGCUCCAUUACAUAGGACUAUACAGUGCUAUUUUAGUGGCACAAAGACGACCCAAGUUUCGAGUCUGGUUAAACAUCAAGCCAGUGUUUCUGUUCCAAAUGUCUUACGCAUCAGUGGCCAUGUGAGUUAAUCUGUUCUGGACACGAUUUCCAAAGGCAGUAAGAAAAUGUGUUGCUCCAAUGCCCCCACA